UAUUUACUGCACUUAUAUAUAUCUCCUAUUUCAAUUAUUUUUUUAUAUAUAAGACCUAAGACCUAUAAUAUAAUAUUUGUUAAAUUAUUUUUAAUUAAAUUGACCCCUAAACGCAACGAUGCAAAUUGUGGCGGAAUGAUUCUGUUUGACGCCCUGAGGCGGAGGCUGAGACCUCUUGUCUACCUCACCACUCUGUCACCAUUACCAAACCCCAAAUGCAUGCUCUUCUUCUCAACGGAUCCCGAAUCCUUCACCAUUUCCUACCUCACCCACUCCUGCGGAUUCUCCCCCGACGCCGCCCUUAAGGCCUCCAGACGCCUCCGUCUGCACUCCCCCCACAAGCCCGACGCCGUCAUCUCCUUCUUCCGCUCGCACGGCUUCUCCCCUUCCCAAAUCAGCCGCGUCUUGACCCGCGCCCCCGACCUCAUCACCUGCAACCCCACCCUCCGGCUUCUCCCCAAGUUCGACUUCCUCUCCUCCAAAGGCGCCUCCCCCGAAGACAUCAUCCUCAUCGUCACCAAGAGCCCCCGCAUCCUCCGCUACAGCCUCCGCAACUACAUCACCCCCUCCUUCCACCUCCUCCGAACUUUCUGCCACUCCGAUCGCAAAGUCCUCUCCGUCCUCCUCGCCUGCCCCAACUUCAUCGGCGACUACCGCGUCUCCUCCAACAUCAACACUCUCCAACUCGCCGGAGUCACGCCUUCCGCCAUUCGCUACCUUCUCUCCACCAGACCCUCCGUCCUCUGCUCCGAUUUGAAAAACGUAAUCCAGGAAGUCAACCAAUUAGGCUUUGACCCUUCCAAAGUCAGCUUCACUGUCGCCUUGCUCGCCAAAAGGGCUAUCUCCAAACCCCUCUGGGACGCCAAAGUUGACGCCUUUAAGAGAUGGGGUUGGUCUGAGGACGAGGUUUUCGCUGCCUUUAAGAAUCAGCCCAGCGUCAUGCUGCGAUCCAUGGAGAAGCUCAAUGCGGUUUUGGGGUUUUGGGUGGGUCGACUUGGCUGGGACCAUUCCGCGCUUGUUGCGUCGCCCACGCUGUUUGCGUAUAGUUUGGAGAAAAGGGUUAUUCCCAGGGCUUUGGUUGUGCAGCAUCUUAUGUCCAAAGGUUUGUUGAAGAAGGGUGCUAGCUUGGUUACACCGUUUUCCAUGCUUGAUGAGGCCUUCCUGCAAAAGUAUGUGAAAUGUUUCAAGGAGGAAACAUCCACACUUCUAGAGCUGUAUCGGGGGAAGGGAACUUGCUAGCAUCAGCUUGUUCGUUUCUUAUGAAUUCUGGGAUUGGGAUGUUGCUUGAAUUUCGACCAUUCUUUUUACCUGUUGGACUCGAGAGCAAGAGGGUAUUCAAAUCAAAUCACAUUUACAAUGUGCUGGCAAUUCAAUCUCAGUCGGCGGAGUAGAUAUGAUGAGAUGUGAGAAAUACUUGUUUGGCCUAGGGUAACUUGGGUCAUUGAAUAGUUAGUCUGAUUAUUUGUAUGCAAAUUUUGUUGUGAAAGCUUUUGAAUAGUUAGUCUUUCUUUUUGUCAUGAAUUUGAAGAAGGGUUAGUCUUCUUACCUGGCAGCUGGUCUUUAGAUUGCUUUGUGUGGAACAAGAAGAUAAUGUGAAUCAUGUUGUUUUGUUUCA